GUUUCGGUCGAUCACAUCGAUCGAUUGCUACACAGGAUGGGGCAGCCAGCGGCGGGCGCGGCGGCGGCAAUGCAGCGCUCCAAGAGCGGCAGGAGAAUGGGGCUCCGGAGCCUCGUCCGGGCGUGCUGGAGCCCGCCCAUGUCCGAUUGCGAGUGCUACGGCGAUCGCCAAGAGGUAGUGGUGGAGUACUCGGCAAUGCUCUUGCCGCCGCCUCGCAUUCCUUCUCCUUCCUCCUCCCUCCAGAGCUUGCUCAUGGCGUCCCUCCCGGACGAUCUCCUGGUGGAAUGCCUGGCUAGGGUACCGCGUGGCUCCAUCCGGCAGUGCGCCAUGGUGUGCCGCCACUGGCGCGCGAUCGUCCAGUCCGACCCCUACUACCGCGCGCGCGGGAAGCUCCGGAUGCUCGAGAGCUUCGUGGUGGUCUUUGGCGGCAUUGGCUCGGGGCUCUCCUCCGCCACGUACUCCCAGUCCACGGGCCAGUGGCAGGCCGGCCUCCUCUUCCCCGACAACCACGACCACGACCACGACACGUCAUCCUCCGACCACACCUUCAUCCACGCGCAGUCGGCGGUACUCCAGCACCGCAUCCUCGUGCUGGGCGCCACGCUGGCGGGCGACUGCACCAUGGUCUACGACACGUGGCGGCGGACGGUCGCCCGCGCGGCCCCCAUGCUCCUGCCACGGAAGAAGUUCGCCUGCUGCGUCAUUGGGGACCGGGUCUACGUGGCCGGCGGCGCCAGCCGUUGCCGGGCCAGCCGCGACGUCGUCAUGCACGAGGCCGAGGUGUACGACCCCGAGCUGGACACGUGGCGGCGGCUCCCGGACAUGCGGCACCGGCGCUACGGCUGCAUCGGCGCCGCCGUGGACGGCAUCUUCUACGUCAUCGGCGGCAUCAGGCGUCCGUACGCCUACCUCAGCUCCAUGGACUGCUUUGACCCCCGGGUCAACGCGUGGCUCAAGUCGCGCCCGCUGCCGAUCGGGGGCGGCUGCGUGAUCUCGUGCACCGUGGUCGGGUCUUGCAUCUACAUGCUCUCCAGCCACGCCGUGGAGCUCUCCUUCUGGCGGUAUGACACGCGCGGCCAGGCGUGGAGCCGGAUCAAUCUGCCGCCCAUACCGUCGCCGCUGAGGAUCGACAACCUGCUCAAGUUUUCGUGCGUCACGGUGGGCAGCGCUGUGCACAUCAUCCAGGUCGGGGGCUGCAUCGACGAUCUGCUGCGCCGCGGCGGGAGGAACCCGCGGGGGCUCCGCGAGGGGCUGGUGCUCGUCUACGACACGCGCGGGCAAGAGUGGUCCAAGGCGCCGCAUUUGCCCGACAUGAGGAACGGUGCCGUGUGCGCGGUCGUCCAGUGCUGACGACGCCGGUCUGCGACCGGUCAACGGUUGCCAUUAACUUUGAUUCUUUGUUGUUGUAGGAUAUUCACUUGUACUCUAAAUGCUAUUGGGAAGGAAAGAAAAUCCUCCUUGCCAACCAUGAAGUU